GUUUGUUCACAGCGGGGGGAGAGAAACACCACCAGGAAAAAAAGACUUCCUUCCUAACAGGGAAGAAGUAGGACGAUCGUCGGCUGUAACGUGGUCUGACUAGCCGAUGACUUGUCGCUGUUUAUCUAUUUUGUAAGUGAUGACUAAAUAUUAGCGGCACAGACAAGCCCCGCUCUUGUUGGCACGUCUGACAGAAAACCAAGUGAAGCUUUUCUCUAACGUAACCUCACUACUUAAAAGUUUAAUGAUCUCAUUUUUUGAACGAAGACAUAGUGAGGAUUAAAUGCUACUGUGACACUACGACACAAAGCGUCAAUAAAAAGAUGGCUCUACGAUUAAUCAUGCUAGCAUCGUUGUUAGCGCUGCUAGGUGGCAGCCAAGCGCAACAAGAGGGAAGCGUGUGCAUCAAGGCUAAUGCACAGUCGUGUGGGGAGUGCAUCCAAGUAGCCGAGUCAUGCGGCUGGUGCGCGGAUGAGGACUUCCUCUCUGUGGGCGAGUCCAAGUCGGCCCGCUGUGACGACCUAGAGUCCCUGAAGGCCAGGAAGUGCAACGUGGCCAAGAUCGAGAACCCGCGCGGUAGCAUCGCCAUCAACAAGAACAAACCCGUCACCAACCGCAACAAGGAUCAGACGGAUAAACCCAAACCUGAACAGAUCACACAGAUCCAGCCUCAGAAACUCACCCUGACGCUCAGAUCUGGAGAGCCUCAGACUUUUGAUCUGAAAUUCAAGCGAGCUGAGGACUACCCCAUCGACCUGUACUACCUUAUGGACCUGUCGUUCUCCAUGAAGGAUGAUCUGGACAACGUCAAGAACCUUGGUACCGACCUGAUGAAGGAAAUGCAGACCAUCACCUCUGAUUUCAGGAUUGGCUUUGGCUCCUUCGUGGAGAAGACGGUGAUGCCUUACAUCAGCACCACUCCUGCCAGGUUCAAGAACCCGUGCACCGGCAACCAGAACUGCACCAGCCCCUUCAGUUACAAGAACGUCCUCAAGCUGACUAACAAGGGUGACGAGUUCAACCAGCUGGUCAGUCAACAGCAGAUCUCAGGAAACCUGGACUCACCUGAGGGAGGCUUUGACGCCAUCAUGCAGGUGGCCGUCUGUGAGGAGCAAAUCGGCUGGAGGAAUGUCACACGCCUGCUGGUGUUUUCCACCGAUGCCGGGUUCCACUUUGCUGGAGAUGGAAAACUGGGCGGUAUCGUUCUUCCCAAUGAUGGAAAAUGUCACCUGGAGAACAACAUGUACACCAUGAGUCACUACUACGACUACCCAUCCAUCGCCCAUUUAGUGCAGAAGCUGAGUGACCACAACAUCCAGACCAUCUUUGCCGUCACGGAGGAAUUUCAGCCUGUUUACAAGGAGCUGAAAAAUCUCAUUCCCAAAUCAGCCGUCGGCACGCUGUCGUCCAACUCCAGCAAUGUUAUCAAACUCAUCAUUGAUGCAUAUAACUCUUUGUCGUCUGAAGUUAUUCUGGAAAAUGGCAGGCUUCCAGAAGGAGUUUCCAUCACCUAUAAGUCCAUCUGUAAGAACGGCGUGGAGGGAACUGGCGAGAAUGGCAGGAAGUGCUCCAACAUCUCCAUUGGAGAUGAAGUGACCUUCAAGAUCUCCAUUGAGUCCCAGAAGUGUCCACUGCACGGCAAGGCUGAGAGCAUUAAGAUCAAACCUCUGGGCUUCACUGAGGAGGUGGAGGUGGUCCUCCACUUCAUCUGCGACUGCCAGUGCGCCACUGAGGGUCAGCCCAAGAGCGACAAGUGUGACAACGGCAACGGAACCUUUGAGUGUGGCGCCUGCAAGUGCAACGAUGGCCGCAUAGGGCGCCUCUGCGAGUGCAGCACCGACGAGGUGCGGACGGAGGACUUGGAUGCCAACUGCAGGAAGGACAACGGCACCGACAUCUGCAGCAACAACGGCGACUGCGUGUGUGGAACGUGCGAGUGCAAGAAGAGGGAGAACCCCGCCGAGAUCUACAGCGGGAAGUACUGCGAGUGUGACAACUUCAACUGUGACCGCUCCAACAACAAGCUCUGUGGAGGACAUGGGCGUUGCGAGUGCCGCGUGUGCAUGUGCGAUGACAACUACACAGGAAGUGCCUGCGACUGCUCCAUGGACACAUCCACCUGCCUGGCCAAAAACGGACAGAUUUGCAACGGGCGCGGCACCUGCGAAUGCGGCAUCUGUAAAUGCACCAACCCCAAAUUCCAAGGUCCCACCUGCGAGAUCUGCCCCACCUGCCCUGGUGUCUGCGCUGAGCACAAGGAGUGCGUGCAGUGCCGAGCCUUCCAGGCCGGCGAGAAGAAGGACACAUGCGAGCGUGACUGCAGCGACUUUGUGCUUAUCAAGGUGAAGGACCGUGAGAAGCUCCCUCAGCCCACCGACCAGAGCUUCCCACUGACGCACUGCAAGGAACGUGACGCCAACGACUGCUGGUUCUACUACACUUUCGCCAUCAGAAACGACACCAAGGAGGUCUACGUGGUCGAGAUGCUAGAGUGCCCAGCAGGCCCCGACAUCAUCCCUAUCGUGGCCGGCGUGGUGGCGGGCAUCGUGUUGAUUGGCCUGGCCCUGUUGCUCAUCCUCAAGCUGCUCAUGAUUAUCCACGAUCGCAGAGAGUUUGCCAAGUUUGAGAAGGAGAAAAUGAACGCCAAGUGGGACACGGGGGAGAAUCCCAUCUACAAAAGUGCUGUUACAACGGUUGUCAAUCCAAAGUACGAAGGCAAAUGAUGGAGCGCUGUCUUCUCCGCCAUGGAAACACUGUAUGGGGGGUGAAAGGAAGAACCCAGGCUGGUCUAAUUUGGGGGAGGGAGCGGGCUGUAAUGUUCUCACUUUUCAAUAUUUUUGUGCUCACUAAAAGCUAUCCAUGCAUUUUUCCCCACUAUUUCAGUUGGUCUCAAUAACUUGUUUUUACUAUGCAUCAUCUGGAACGUGUACAGUUUUGUGUAUGUUUAAAAAAAAAAAAAAAAAAAAAAAGUUGCCUUUUAUUCUUAUUUUGGAUUAUUUUAAAUGUUUAUAAUGGUGUUGUUGUUGUUGUUGUUUUUUAAGUAAAGCCAAGCCAUUAGUGUUUUUAGAGAAUGUGGAUAUGAAAUGCCCAAAAAGGUUGUGGUCGAGAAAGACAUGUAUGCAAAAUAAGUGUAGUGUUUGUUGUCUCUUAUGGAGGUAAAGAGUUGUAUGUUUGGGUUCUGUGUGACGCCAUAUUGAUAUUCACAGAGCGCGGGUGCUUGUAUGUCAUGGAACAAUCAGUUGAAAAAGACUCGUGUACAGUACUUUCAUGUCUUUAGCGCCGUCUUUUAGUUUUUUACAAAGCCAACUCAGGUCCUUCACUUUUGACAGCAUUGCCAAAUACUCAAACAUGCCUUAAUUUCUUUUUUGUAUUGUGUUAGUAACUGUGUGGACCCUCAAUUUAACAAUUUUUGUCAAAUAAAAGAUGCAGGAAAUAAGAUUGUAAAGAUCAGGCAACGUUCUAGAUAUGUUUAAAUGUCUUGUUUAGAUAAAAAGGUUCCGUUGUUUUUAAAAGUGCCUUUUUUUUUAAGAAAAAAAUCAACACAUCCACAAUUGCCAUUCUGUACAUCAUAAAUUAUUGAAUAAAACAAAUGAAAUCAU